AGCGUAGAUGUGAUGCAGAUUUUGACUCAUUUGUGAAACUGCAGACAGAUAAAAAAGGUGGUCACAGUGAUGGCAGACCCAAAAUAUGCCAAUCUUCCAGGAAUUGAUCAUGAUGCCCCUGAUGUUUAUGAAACAGAAGACUUGCCAGAAGAUGAUCAGGCCAUGCAGCUACCACAGGAGGAGCCAAGUGAGAAUAUAGAAAAAUUAAAACUGGACACUAAUGCAGCCCUGGGAAAAUUCAAAGGGUCAGAGGUCAAGGCAGAUGGACUAGAUUUCUCUGAUAGAAUAACAGGAUCAAGAAGAACAGGAUAUGACAUUGAAAAGACAGAAUAUGAAAUGUUGGAAGAUGGAUCCAGUAAGAUAGAAACCCCACAACAGAAGUUCCAGAGACUCCAGCAUGAGAUUCGAGAGCUAGGGGAGGAAGUUCACUCCAUCCAGGAGAACGUGAAGAAGGAGGCCACGGCUAAGACCUCCCCCGUAGAUCUCAGCAAGCAGCUGGAGUAUCUACAGCACCAACUCAACGACCUUCACCUGGAGAAACUGCUAGGACCAGAGGCCAAGGUCGAUUUAUCAGACCCACAAGGUCAACUCCAGAAGCGCCUUCUGACAGAACUGGCUGCCUAUAAACCAACAGAAGGGAAACCAGCCUCAGGCGCUAAACCAGGAAGUGGGUGUGUGACGUAUGAACUCUUCUACAGACCAGAGCAAGCCCAGUUCAGCAGGAAUGCCAGACUGGCUAAACUGGAGGAGCGACUAGAGAGAUUAGAAGCUGUACUGGGGCAGAGCUCAGACAAAGUGGGAAUACUGACUGCUGAUACUGAUAACAAAGGAGUUGUGGAGGCUGUUGGAGUUCUGAAUUCCAAGCUCUCCCUAUUGGAGCCUAGUAAUAUUGACCAGGUAGAUGUCCGACUAGCAAGUGUUCUCCAAAAGCUGAAUCAGAUUGCUGACAAAAAAUCAGGCCAAGCUGACCUAGAAAGACAAAAUAAGGUAUCGGAGUUGUAUGACAUGGUAAAGAAAUGGGACUCUGUGAGAGAUACUUUACCACAUGUCGUGGACAGACUGGUGUCACUUAAAGAACUUCAUGAACAAGGUAAACAACAUAUUCAACUGUUGUCACAUCUGGAUACGGCACAACAGGAGAUAACCACGACACUGGGCGCUCAUGGUGAUAUGAUGAAACAGCUUCAAGUGAUGUUUCAAGAAAACAGUAAAACAGUGAAGGCUAACUGCGAGAGUUUAGAUCAGCGAUUAAAAGCUCUUGGCAAGUGAUUUUUGUGUAGAAUAUAACCAAGAGUUAAAUAGCCUGAGGUACCGUGGUUCCAUAUCUCACUGCAUCAAGUGGUAGUAAAAUCUUAAGUUGUCCUUUUCAUGUACAUUUUAUUGGUUGUAAUACAUGUAUCAUGGAUCAAAUAUUGCAAUUUUACUUCUUUUUUUUUGGAACAAUUCUGUAGACUAUAUAAUUUGCUGGAAAGAAAUAUUAAUUUAUGGUAUAUGUACAGCUGUCAAUUUUUAUGUGGACCUCAUUAUUGAUUUAUGUUUUGUUCAAAGAUCAAAGCAUAAUUGGAUGUCCGGUAUUGAAUGUACCUUAAUACACAGCAAUGUGAAGGGUUUUUUUUGGAUAGUAGAUACUAUUUUCCAUGAGCUUAUGAGUUUUGAUACAUGUAAAGUAACCUUGGAAUAUGGACAUGUAUUUGAUACUUAGAUU